AUAUCCUCACCCUGCUCUCCAUGUGAGUGAGUGAGUGAGUGAGUGUGUGUGUGUGUGUAAUUUCCCACCCUGGGUUCCUAAUCUGCCGGCAUUCGACGAUGCUAGUUUGUGACCCCACCCACCUACGUCAACUAGUGUGCAGUAAACUCGCGCUGCAGCUGGCGGCUACCCCUACGCGAGAAUUUUAAUUGUGCUAGUGAUGCGAUGGAAAGUCCCAUGCCUACAUCCUUAUCGACCGUGUUCUUCUUCUGCUAUCCAGUUCCUCAGCAUCGACAAAGCUGGUGCGUGAACCAUUGACUUCCGGAUCCUUCCACUGUUGCUCUUUUACCGCUCCUCGGGGUGAAAACACCAGUCGCGACGACUGGCUCUGGUUCGAUUGACGGCGGGUGGGGGCCGAGGAGGGGCGCCUUCAAGCAGCUGUUCGGCUGUGUUGUCUUAAUCCUCGGGUCCUUUUCCCAGUGGGUUUCAUUCUUUUUUGGGUUUGCAGGUGUAGGGGCAUCGGAGGGAGAGUUAGGUGGGAACAGUGUUGGGUUAGAAUUUUGGCGGUAUGGUGCAGACCUCUAAAAGUUUGAUCCGUGUGUCACUAGCGAGGAGGAGUUCUGCCCGGCUUUCGAUGAUUUCUACCCUCUCUCCUCCUCUAUGAUUGAAAGUAUUGGUAGAGUUUGUGACGAUUCAUUCCAGCCUCAUGAAACUCUGGGGAGUCGCGUCUCCGCUUUCCGCAGCUCAGUGUGCUUAAAAGACUAUCAUGGCGAACUACAAUCUCUGCUAUCGGAUUUCGUAUUCAAGGAGGGUGUGAUUGAUUGAGUGAGGUGAAGUGAGCUACUUGUUGUGCGAUAAAUUGCAGUUCGUUGUUCUGUGAUCAUAUCCGCUGAAUAAGGAGGUUGUCUGGAUAGAUCACAGGAAAAAAGGAAUCUAUUGCGAUAGGAGCAUCACUGUCGUUCAGAGUUGUGGGAGGUCAAAAAGUCGUUGAGGAACUGAGAGUGGCUUAUUAAUUGGACCAGUCUGUUGGUGUUGGAUUAGAACCGAAAACAGACGCAAUAAUAAGCUCGAGCGCCUCGCAUCGUAAUCAGUAUAGAAGCUGUGUGGUGUGACGCUUAAGGAAUCAGUGGACGAAUGUUGUGGAAAAUUCUUGUUAUCUCUAAGGGUGAAUUCCAGAGACCUUUUCGGAACAGCGGGUUGAACUGUAGUCUUGAAGCCUGAAUUAAGAAGAGGGCAGAGGGAAGCCGGCAAAGUGGCUUGAGCGGAGUUGGAAUCCUUGAAGGAGGCUCUGCAGAGGAUGCUGAGGAGUUUACUUGUGCGAGGUGAAUCGGAGGAUUUUGAGAAAUUGUCACCGGUGAUGAAAGUAUUGGUUGGAGAGACUUGGCGGACAUGGCAGUGGGUGGAGACGAAUGCUUGGAUGCUUGCGAGCUUGAUGGCCAUGGCGCAAGUGGAUGGGGGUUUGGGAUUGUAUAGCAGCGACACAGGCGUCGAUUUCAACAAGUCCCCGUCCUGGUCGACACACAAGUCGGACAAUCUCAUUGUUAACAAUUUAGGAGAUAGUCAGGGGGCUCUCGUGCGUCAUGGUCGCAGCAUGGAUAGCUUCACUAGCCUUGUCUUGUUGCUUGCUAUCUUCGUUGUGGGAGUUACGACGGGGUUGUUGUGGAAGGUUAACCAAAAAAUGGCGGAAUCGGCUGUGCUGUCCUUAUCCUCGAAGGAGUUAGUUCCCGUUGAGCCGGAAACGCCACCUUCUCCCUCAUCAACGACUGUUACCACCAACAGUCCCAAGUUGCAGCGAACAACGACUCCCGGCGCGGUGAGAGAGUACACUUUGAAGGAGAUUGUGGAGAUGACGAUGAGUUUUAGCAACGAGCUCGGGCGAGGUGGCGAAGGAGUGGUCUACCUUGCGAAAUCGCUCCCCGACGAGCUCAUUCAGCGUCCAUUGGCAGUGAAACGGUUGCAGAAUGGCAGCAAUGUGUUGCUCCACAACCUCGAGGAUCGCAACCAGGAGGUAAUGGAGAAGGAGUUCUGGGCGGAGCUCAACACAAUCUCACGCCUGCACCAUCGCAACCUCGUAGCGCUACUGGGUUACUGCAUCGAAAGAGAGGACUUGUUUCUAGUGUAUGAAUAUAUGGCGGGAGGUACCUUGGACCAGCAUCUGCACAAAAACUUCCAUGUCGAACGAGGAAAUAGGGUGGUGGCUUUCGAUUGGAAAGCUCGCAUGCAGUGUGCAGUUGAGGUUGCACAGGGGUUAGAGUAUCUUCACAGCCAUGCAAGUCCGUCACUCGUGCACAGGGACGUCAAGUCGGGCAAUAUUCUGUUCGAUGAGGACAUGCACGCGAAGAUUGCAGACUUCGGGCUUAGCAAGCCGCUGCCCUUGGACCAUACGGUGACAGUGUCCACUCGAGUGCGUGGCACCCACGGCUAUGUCGAUCCUGUGUACAUUAUGAAUGGCACGCCAUGCGAUAAGAACGACGUGUACAGCUAUGGAGUAGUCUUGCUGGAGCUCAUCACUGGCCGGCGCGUCAUUCAUCAGGGAAUCCCCCUGGUGAACUGGUGCAGGGAGUUCUUCCAGCCAGACCCCAUCGUCAUGAGGUAUAAGGUUUCCAAAAUGGUUGACAUGCGCAUUCUUGACUGUCACGAUUACUCUAAUGACCAGCUGUUCGAGGUGGUGAAAAUUGCCCAAGCGUGCGUCCAAGACCGGCAAGAGGAUCGGCUCACCAUGAAAGAUGUUGCUGUGCGGUUGCACAACGUCAGCUUCAUGGGAAACCCCAGCUCCGAAUUGAGCAGCCUCGAUACGACGUUGGACCAAACGUCCUUGAUAAGUCUUGACUCCAAUAUGAGUUCCUUCACUUCACAUCUUCCACCAUUACCACGAGGGUCACUGCCAUCGUCACCGCCACCACUGCCAUCUGCAAUGCCACCACCAUCAUCGGCCCGGAUGAGCAACGGGUCAUCUUCGUAUGACAUCAAAGACAACACGAUUCUCGUACGAUGCACUGUGGGAAACAACCAGAAGAUCGCCUUGAGAUGCAAAAUCUGGCCCACGCCGAAAAAUUUCGGGUUCAACAAGAUCGAGGCAACCCUAAACGGUGCUUUCCUAUGGAAGAAGGGCCUAUGGUGGUACAAUGCAAAGAGCAGCCGUGAGUUCAUCAUAGAUGAUGAUGUCAAAUUGAUUGCUGAGUGGCACGUAUCUCUGCGAAUUCCUGCCGCGAUUAGUGCACACCCCCUUCCUUCGAACGACCCUCGAAGACGCAUCCAAGGUCCAUUCAGUGUCGUAUACCUCGCACUUAAGGAUGAGCUUGGAAACGUUUUGGUUCAAUACGAGGGUGACAAAUCGCCACUGCCAGAAAGUCCGAGGGAGAGCUCGACGGAGAACAGAUCAGCGGAGCACCGACGAGCAGAGCACAGACCAGUGGAGCACAGGCCCAUCAGAGAGAGGUCGUUGAACCAACCCAUUCACAAUUACCCCAUUAGGAUGAGGUCGGGAUCGGGGUCAGGAUCAGGGUCUGGGUCUGGAUCAGGAUCAGGUUCAGCUCCGUUCCGGCCGAGACCCAUGAACGCAAGGCACCGGACAGCGACACCGCACUAAAUAGUAAUUUCUCACCACGUGUUACAAGCUCAUCUUCGAAGACAAAAGGUUUUUUUUUACCUUAAAACCAGUUCGAGCGGCGACAGCACGUCGGCAGAAACGCCCAACUCCUUGAGCACCUGAACAACGAUGCCCUUCAGUGUUUAACACUUCAUUAGAGCUCUUCGCCGGAGCAGGUUUGCUACAUUCCAUUCGAUGCCAGCCACGGUGACCACGAAACCACCUGUUGCUGAACAACCCUGCUCAACAUCGACGUCGUCGAGGUGAGCAUUAUUGUUGCUUCCGCCGACUCUGAGACUCCUCUGGUUGUCGUUUGCGCGUUAGCUGCAGCAUUAUUAGAUACCGACAUGGGAAAAGUCCCAUUACAGGAAAACGUUUUAGACACUUUUCGUAGUUUUACAGAACGCAAGUUGCACUGUCGGUGAGUGUUAGAAAGUGAAACGAAGUUGUACAUACUGGAGGCUUCGGCCUGGAGAAGAGACAAUCUCGCCGAGGAUUCAUUCAUUCGAUGCACCCACCUAGCAUUAUACAUCAUCUGAAGCCACAAUGUGUAUUCUAAUCUUUUAAUUGUGUUUCAAUGUGAUGUUUUACUUUUCGGUUCCGAGAA